AUGCCACCACUGGAGCCCAUUGCCGUCAUAGGGACCGCCUGUCGCUUUCCAGGUGGCUCAGAUACGCCGUCAAAGCUUUGGGAGCUCCUUCAAGAGCCAAGAGACCUGCUUCAGAAGGUCUCUGAGCGCCGGCGCUGGCACCCCGAUGCUUUCUAUCACAGCGAACCUGAACAUCAUGGCACAACUGAUGUGCAGACAUCUUACUUCCUUGAUGAAGAUCCUGCAGACUUUGACAAUGCUUUCUUCAAUAUCCAGCCGUCAGAAUGUGAGGCUGUGGACCCCCAGCAAAGAAUGUUGAUGGAGACUGUCUAUGACUCGCUCUGCUCGGCUGGGCAGACUAUCGAAGGGCUUCGCGGCUCAUCGACUGCGAUUAUUGUUGGCACGAUGUGUGAUGAUUGGAGUGGUAUCUUGUACAAAGAUUGGGAGACUAUUCCACAGUAUAGCGCUACUGGAAUGAGCCGCAGUAUUAUGUCAAACCGUAUCUCUUACUUCUUCGACUGGCACGGCCCAUCGAUGACGCUCGAUACGGCUUGUUCCUCGAGUUUGGUUGCUGUUCACCUGGCAAUUCAAGCCUUACGCAAUGGAGAAUCCGAGGUAGCGGUCGCCGCCGGUGCCAAUCUCCUGCUCAGUCCAGGCAUGUAUAUUGCCGAGUCAAAUCUUCACAUGCUGUCUCCCACCGGAAGGUCAAAGAUGUGGGAUAAAGAUGUCGACGGAUACGCCCGAGGUGAAGGAAUCGCAUCUGUCGUCCUGAAGCCCCUGAGUGCCGCGCUUCGGGACGGGGAUCACAUCGAGUGCCUCAUUCGUGCUACCGGAGUCAAUCAGGAUGGAAGGACCAGGGGGUUGACGAUGCCGAGUGCGACAGCGCAAGCUACACUGAUUUGUGAAACUUACGCCCGAGCUGGCCUGGACAUUGAGAAGUCCGAAGACCGCCCCCAGUUCUUCCACGCCCAUGGAACAGGCACCCCAGCAGGAGACCCCCAGGAGGCUGAGGCGAUCAGCAAGGCAUUUUAUGGAAAUGGUGCGUCGGAUACAUUAUAUGUUGGAUCCAUCAAAACCAUCAUUGGCCACACGGAAGGUACUGCAGGAUUGGCAAGUCUUAUCGGGACAUCGCUGGCACUUCAGCACGGUGUCAUCCCGCCCAAUAUGCACUUCAACGCGCUUAAUCCCAGGAUCGCGCCUUUCUAUAGCAACCUGGAGGUUCCCACGUCUGCGCAACCCUGGCCAAAGCUUCAACCAGGUCAGAUCCGAAGAGCGAGUGUCAACAGUUUCGGAUUUGGCGGCACCAAUGCUCACGCUAUCAUUGAAGCCUACGAGGCACCUCUUGUCUCACCUUCUGUUGGCACGCUCUUCUCUCCCUUGACCAUCUCAGCUGCUACCGACAAGUCACUACGGGCUGCACUGUCGUCUUACGCUGACUAUCUGAAGGCCAACCCCCAAGUGUCUCUCCGUGAUGUUGCUUACACCAUCCAGGAAAGGCGCUCUACACUCGCGUUCCGUGCUGCCAUUGUUGCUUCUAGUAUGGAAGAGGCCGCGCAAAAGAUUGAAACACUUCUUAGCAGCGAAGACGCGCCUGAGCUAAGUACAAAGCACUUUGCUGUCGGGUCUCCGCGCAUAUUGGGAGUUUUCACAGGACAGGGCGCCCAAUGGCCUCGCAUGGGCGCCAAGCUAGUUGAAUCCUCUCCAUUCGUCGCGAAGCGGCUGGAUGAGCUGGAUGCAGCGCUAGCAUCGCUGGCGGAGGAUGUCCGGCCGGAAUGGACACUCAGGGAACAGAUCCUCGCAGAUGCAUCCACAUCGAGAGUUCUUGAAGCCGCCAUAUCGCAACCCCUCUGCACGGCUGUGCAGAUUUUGGUCGUUGACCUGCUGAGGGAAGCGGGCGUCAAACUCGACGCUGUCGUUGGUCACUCUUCAGGAGAAAUUGGAGCAGCCUAUGCAGCAGGAUUGCUGUCAGCCACUGGUGCCAUCCGAAUCGCCUACCUGCGCGGCUUUUACGCUAAGCUUGCCGGGUCGUCGAGCGGUGCCAAAGGAGCUAUGAUGGCUGUCGGAACAUCGGUCGAAGAUGCCUCUGACUUUUGUGAGCUGGAAGACUUCCAAGGCAAGAUUCAAGUUGCUGCUGUUAAUUCUUCCUCGAGCAUUACGCUCUCUGGUGACGAGGACGUCGUGGCAGCAGCUGUUGAGAUCUUCAAAGAUGAAGGUAAGUUCGCACGCCAGCUCCAGGUCGAUACCGCGUAUCAUUCAGCACACAUGAUACCAUGCUCGAAACCGUAUCUCGCAGCCCUAGAGUCUGUUAGCGACGCUAGUACCACAGACGCAAGCACCGAAGGCAAGCCCGUGUGGCAUUCGAGCGUCCUAGACGGAAAGAUCAUGACCCAGGAUAGCCUCGAUUCGCAAUAUUGGGUGUCCAACAUGACAAAUACUGUGCUCUUUGCUCCGGCAGUCCAAGCUGCAGUCGCUCAAAGUGGGCCUUUCACCCUGGCACUAGAGCUUGGACCACACGCGGCGCUGAAAGGUCCGUGUCUGGACACUCUCGCAGAAGCUCUGGGAGACCGAAUUCCUUAUUCUGGAGUUCUCUCUCGAAACAAAGACGACGUAUCACAGGUUUCCACAGCCCUGGGCUUCGUGUGGUCGAAUCUGGGUGCGGGAUCGGUCUCUUUCGAUGCAUUCGAAAAGUCAGUGUCUGGUGACGCCGCGGGGCGCCACAUAGUUACCAACCUCCCUAAGUAUGAGUUUGAUCACUCAAAGACAUUUUGGAAUCUUUCCAGAGCCGGGGGCGCUCAAUUAAUCAACCCUCACCCUCCACACCCGAUACUAGGCAAGCGGUGCGUGGACCGGGAAACCUCUGACGAGAUCCAAUGGCGCAACAUCCUCAGCCCCAAGGAAAUUCCAUGGCUCAAAGGUCAUAGAAUCCAGGGCGGUAUUGUCUUCCCCGCAGCAGGCUUCGUGGCUAUGGCUGUCGAGUCCACAAAGGCCCUCGCCGGCAAGUCGAGCAUCAGCCUGAUCAAAAUCGAAAAUCUUUUCAUUGGCCGAGCUAUUGCUUUCAAUGACGAGAGCUCAUCUGUUGAGUCCCUUUUCAGCCUCACGAUAAUACCUUCGGGAGAGAAUACCAUUAAGGCAAAGUUUACUUGUCAUUCCGGUCCUCCCCAUGAACCCAAAACGCCGAUGGGACUCAACGCCGAGGGAUUGGUGACUGUGACGCUGGCGGAGCCAGAUGCCGACGCAAUUCCCUUCUUUGAGCCUGAAGAUUUCAAUAUGACCGAAAUCGAGCCUGCCCGGUUCUACGAUCAGUUCCAGAAGCUGGAGUAUGAGUACUCGCCACCUUUCCGCGGUAUGCUCUCGAUUCAGCGCAAGAAGGCCUAUGCAAAGGGAAUUAUUGAGGAUCAGUCGGGAUCUGAGUGGGAGGAUCAACUGCUCAUUCAUCCAGGCAUGCUUGAUACUGCCUUUCAGUCUUCGUCGGCGGCCUUCAGCUGCCCAGGAGAUGGAAUGAUGUGGGGUCUUUAUAUUCCUGCAGGGAUAGAGUCAAUUAUCAUUAACCCCUUAUUCACCGCCGAUGGCGCAGGCAAGCAGCAAAAAUUGCCAUGGGAAUCAAUUGCCCGAAGCAUGAAGAAGGCUCGAAGCACCAUGGACAUCAAUAUUUUCUCUCAAGACAAGUCCCAUACCUUCAUACAGGUUGAAGGCCUUGAGUUGAUGCCCUUCACAGCUGCUCGACCCGAGGAUGAUGCCGUCAUCUUCUCCAAGCUCAAAUAUGACAUUGACCGGCCCAGCGGCGAUGUUGCUGUCAUCGACGAUGGAUUCACCGCCGAGGCGCUGGAAAAUGCCAUCAAGGGAGAGCGCGUGUCGUUCUACUACUUACGCCAGCUUGUUGAGACCAUCACGUCCGAGGAGAAAGCUAUUGCGCUACCGUACUACCGACAUCUACUUAAUUGGGCCAGUCACGUUGUUGACCAGGUCAAGAGCGGCAAGAACCCUUUCGUGCCCUCAAGCUGGCAACAAGACACAGAGGAACAGAUCAGAGCCAUCUGGGAUGAAUAUGGUGAUCGAGUUGAUGUGCGCCUUAUCGAAUCUGUGGGCAAGAGUCUCCCAGGCGUCAUCCGCACGGGAACCAGUAUCCUUGAGCAUAUGGAAGGAUUGUUCGAAUUCUAUGAUCAGGGUCUUGGUCUCGACAUGGCAAAUCGCCACCUAGCGCGCAUGGUCACACACAUCGGUCAUCGCUACCCACAAAUGAAGAUCCUCGAAGUUGGUGCUGGAACUGGUGGGUCUACGAGAACGAUACUAUCUCAUCUGGGCGACAUGUUUUCCAGCUACACCUACACCGACAUCUCCAGCGGAUUCUUUGAAGCUGCUCAGGAGCGCUUCAAGGAUUUUGAAAGCCGUAUGGUCUACAAGACAUUCGACAUGGAGCGGCCCCCGGCAUCUCAAGGCUUCAUUGAGGGAUCGUACGAUGUCAUUCUAGCCUCCAAUGUCCUGCAUGCAACAGACAAACUGGAAGAGAUGAUGACUCACGUCCGCCAGCUCCUCAAACCUGGUGGCUAUCUUGUUUGUCUAGAGCUCACGGGCAAUGAUACCAUGCGUGUUGGCCUGCCUAUGGGAAGCUUGCCAGGUUGGUGGGUAGGAGCAGAGAAUGGGCGACCAUGGGGACCAACGGUGACAUUGCCACAAUGGGAUACUUUGCUACGCAAGUGCGGCUUCGGAGGAAUUGACACAAGCACGCCGUUGCUUCACAGACUUCAUGUUUCUACAGUAUUUGCAGCACAAGCUGUUGACGACCGUAUUACGAUGCUUCGAGCCCCUCUGGCGUCAAUCAAUGCCCUUCCACCUACCGAUGCCCCACGACUUGUUGUCAUUGGCGGACAAGGGCUCGCAACCCACCGCAUUGCAGAGCAGGUUUCGAGCCUUCUGGCUCCCAGAUUUAGUGAAGUUGUGCGCGUCACCUCCGUUGACGAACUGGACUUGGACGUGCUCCAGUAUUCGAGCACUGUACUGUCACUCACAGAGCUUGACGAGCCUCUUUUCAAAGUCUUUACAGAAGCAAAGCUCGACGCUCUCAAGAUACUCUGGCGCCAGGCAGGCAAGAUUCUUUGGGCUACCCGAGGCGCCAGGGCGGAGGAACCGUUCUCGUCCAUGAUGCUUGGACUUGGAAGGGCCAUGACUCACGAAUAUCCGAAUAUGUCCUUGCAAAUCCUUGAUCUCGACGCAUUUGAAGAUGAAGAAAAGACGGCCCAGCUGCUAGCCGGAGAUAUUCUACGCUUGGAAGUCUUGAUUAAAUGGCAGUAUGAAGCUCAGGGUGAAGUGGACUUUCUCUGGUCCUUUGAACCCGAGGUGUGCUAUGAGGCCGGCUCUAGAUUCAUCCCCCGGCUAUACAAGUGCGAGCCCGCCAACGAGCGAUACAACAGUGCUCGGCGCCCAGUCACACGGAAUAUCAGUUUCCAAGAACCCUUGACAUUUGUCUCCGAGGGCUCUUCGUAUGAGAUUCAGCAACCUUCACCCCUCCGCGUCACGACUGUGCCACUUGAGCCCGCUGAAACCAACAUUAUUCAAGUCUCCCAUUUCAUUUUUCAGACCAUCGAAAUUUGCUCUCUUGGUAGACUCAUGCUCUGUGCUGGCACCGACCAAUCUACUGGAAAACAAUUGCUUGCCCUGUCGCACUCAACAGAGGCUCGACCAACGGUCUUGGCAGACUGGACUGUGUCUCUCUCCACCAAAGCCACCAAUGUGGCUAAAACUCUAGCCACUGUUGCUUCUCAUAUAAUCGCAAUCGAUAUCCUCAAGUUGGCCCAUGAUGGAAGUGCCAUCGUUGUCCACGAGCCUGGUGAGCUGAUUGGCACAGCUUUGACGCAGCACGCCCAGAAAUCCUCGAUUCAAGUGGUGAUAACUACCUCAAAUAAGGACAAAUUGCCCGAAGGAUGGCUUUACCUCCCUGAAAACCUCCCUCGUCGGCUUAUUAAGAAAGCUCUGCCGGCUUCUAUCUCGUUUUUCGCCGAUUUUUCCACAGCUCCUGGCUCCAUCACAUCUGGCCAGCGUAUUGGCGAGUGCAUUCCUACGGUUUGCGCCAAGUAUACCUCCGACGACUUCUAUGGUACGACAACUGAGCUUCAGCCUGGAGCCUCGUCGAAGCAGAUUGCAGAGGUAUUCAAAGCGGCAUGUGAUGCAGCUUUUGAGAGCCAAGGCCAAGCUGGAAAUCCUGUUUGUAUCCGCAUUCAGGAUAUUGCAGGCUUUUCAAUGGCCGAUGCGCCUUUGGCGGUCGUUGAGUGCGUGGAACUGACCACCCCCAUUCCCGCUAAAGUCCAGGCAAUAGACUCAGGAGUGAUCUUCCGAGCCGACAAGACUUAUUUUCUGGUCGGUAUGUCAGGACAGGUCGGACAAUCUCUCUGCCAGUGGAUGGUAGAACAUGGCGCUAGGUUUGUUGUUUUGACGAGCCGGCGGCCCCAGGUGCACCCUGAGUUCAUCAAGUCAAUGGAGUCCAUGGGCGCUACUGUCAAGGCCUUUCCUCUCGAUAUUACCAAGCGAGAGUCCCUUCACGAGUGUUACAAGGAGAUUUCCAAAACAAUGCCUCAAAUCGCAGGUGUAGCCCAAGGAGCUAUGGUGCUUAGGGACUCUAUGUUUGAUGGGCUGACUUUCGAGAAUAUGACCACCGUCCUGGACCCGAAGGUCACUGGUACGCAGCUCCUGGACGAGCUUUUCUACGACGCGCCCCUAGACUUUUUCAUCGUCAUGUCGUCUUUGACUUCCGUCGUCGGAAACAGUGGCCAGAGCAACUACACAGCAGCCAACAUGUUCAUGGUGGCGCUUGCAGAGCAACGCAAAAGACGGGGCGUCGCUGGCUCUGCCAUCGCUAUUAGCUCCCUGAUUGGCAUCGGGUACGUCGAGCGCUCGUCAGACUUUGAUGCUGAAUACUUCGAGAAGAUUGGGUACAGAAACAUAUCCGAGCCAGACCUACAUCAACUAUUCGCCGAGGCUAUCCUUGUUGGUCAACCAGGCUGCCGCGAGUGCUCAGAGAUUACGACGGGCAUCAUGCCGUUUUAUCCCGAGAGGAAUGCUAAGGCACAGUUCUUCGAAGACAUCCGCUUCAAUCACUUCAUUCUCGAACAUCAGGAUGCCCAGAACUCCGGCGGUAAAAGUUACGGGCUCCCUGUGCGAGUACAGCUGGCUGAGGCCAAAACGAAAGAUGAGGCUAUCGCUAUUAUCAAAGAGGGCUUCCUCACGCGACUAAGGCGUACAUUGAUGAUAUCCCAAGAUGAAGCUGUCAAUGAGAAGGCAUCCCUCGUGGAACAGGGCAUUGACUCGCUAAUGGCAGUUGAACUAAGAUCGUGGUUCUUGAAAGAACUUGAAGUCGACAUCCCAGUUCUCAAGAUUUUGGGUGGAAGCUCUAUCACUGACCUUCUUGCUGAGUCCAUGGAACGCGUGCCAACAACAGUAGUGGAUUUUAAUGCGCUAACAAACACCAAGAUUGCAGCCCCUGCAAUAGAGGCAAAAAAAGCCCCUAGCUUGUCUUCUUCCGAAUCUCAAAGUACAAAGGAGUCAACGUCCGAGACAGGCACACCACCAGUGAUUGGAACGCCACUUACUGAGUUGGCAGAAUUAGUAAUGGAUGUGAAGAUAGUCGAUGACAAUAUUAAAGUCUCACAGGCAGCUAAGGAAGAGAGCUUUCCGAUGUCUUACGGCCAAGAUCGAUUCUGGUUCUUGAGUGACUACCUCAAAGACAAGACGAGCUUUAAUAUGACGGUCAUGUUCAAGUUAAGCGGUAAGCUUCAGGUGAACCGUCUUGAGCAUGCUGUUCGGACUGUCGCUCAACGCCAUGACGCGUUAAGAACCAGGUUCUUUUGGCUCGGAGAGGGUGACACACGCACCCCCAUGCAAGGUAUCCUUUCUGAGUCGCCCAUUCACCUGGAGCACGUCAAGCUCGAAUCAGAGGCAGAUGCGAAGGAGGAACUACGCAAGAUGCAUGAAUACGUCUGGGAUCUGAACUCGUGGCAGGCGGCAAGAAUGGUUCUCCUCACCAUUGACGACAACACGCACUACUUCAUGGUUAGUGGUCAUCACAUAUCGUGGGAUGGUUACAGCUUCAAUGUCCUCUUUGUCGACCUCGAUGCGGCCUACAGCGGACGGCCGCUGCCACCCCUGGACACUAAUUCCCAGUAUCCGGCCUUCGCCUCGUGGCAGAGAGAGUCUUAUGAGAAGGGUGACAUGAAACAGGCGAUUGAGAACUACUACCGUCCUAUGAUUGAUCCUCACGCCAAGGCAAUUCCUCUCUUUCCCUUUGCGAAGUCUCCGACUCGGCCAUUGCUCGACCACUUUGAGCAGUUUGAGGCCAAAGCCACCCUUCAGCCGGCUCUUGUCUCAAAACUCAAGAAGCUCUCUCGGAAGAAUAACGCAACCAUGUUCCACCUCUAUCUUGCUGCUCUCCAGACGCUUGUCUUCAGUCUCCUCCGCGAGGAGAAGGAUUUCUACCUUGGACUAGCAGAUGCCAAUCGCAUUGACAAAAGCUUUAUGGGAAGCCUUGGCUUUUUCCUCAACCUCUUGCCCGUGCGCUUUGAUAGGAGCGCUCCUGGUACGAAGAUCAGUGAUAUCAUCAAGGACACGCGUAACAAGGCAUAUAAGGCACUUGAAAACUCAUCGGUGCCCUGGAAUGUACUUCUGGAUGAGCUAAAGAUACCGCGUACGAACACGGAGGCGCCCAUCUUCCAGUUGUUUGUCGACUACCGUCAGAUUACUCGUGAUAGAGCGCAGUGGUGUGGGUGUAAUCUGAGCGAUGAGGAUUGGCUGAACGCGCGAAAUGGCUAUGACCUCACGCUUGGUAUCACGGAUAAUCCCACAGGUGAAUCCCUGCUGUCAUUGCGCUUCCAGAAGAAGCUAUACUCAGAGAGCAGCACUGAGCUUUUCCUCCGAUCCUACGUGACUGUGCUGGAAUCAUUCGCCGACGGUGUCGAUCUUGACGUCUCCGAGCUGCCACGCUGGGCUCCCAGUGACAUCGAAGCGGUUAUGGAGGCCGGUAAAGGACCGACUCUUGAACUCGAAUGGCCGGCGACCGUGUCUCAUCGCAUCGAUCAGAUGAUCGAAGAGCAUACGGCGCAUCCGGCACUGAAAGAUGGCCUCGGCAACCAAUUAACAUACGGCCAGAUGGGAGAGCGUGUCAACGCGAUUACGGCGGCUCUUGUCGCUGCUGACGUUACUGAAGGUACUCCAAUCGGCGUCUUCCAGAAUCCAUCCGCCGACUGGAUCUGUUCGAUGCUCGCCAUCUUCCGUGCUGGAGCUACAUAUGUGCCCUUGGAUCCUCGCAACUCGAUCGCCCGUAUCGUUAGCAUCGUCGAGAAAGCAAACCCUGUCGUUGUUUUAACUGACCGCUUCACUGCUUCGAAGAUACCGCAGAUCGGGGCUAGCAAGGCAAUUCACAUCGUCGUCUCGGAUAUUCCCACAUCAGCCUCGACGCCUAACUCGCCAAACAAAGCCAAGCCGGAGUCUCGUGCAGUUCUUCUCUUCACGAGUGGCACUACCGGAAAGCCCAAGGGGGUCAUGCUAACCCAUGCUAAUCUGCGAGCCCAGUGCGAGGGCUACUCGCGCAUGGUCGACCUACCGCCGAUGGUGUCGGUGGUCCUUCAGCAAACGAUCUACAACUUUGACGUUUCGCUCGACCAGAUCUUUGCUGCCCUUGCCGAAGGCGGCUGUCUCUAUGUCGUGCCUGCCGAGAAGAGAGGGGACCCGGAAGCAAUUACGCAGAUCAUGGCAGAGGAGGGCGUGACGUACACCGUUGCCACGCCUUCUGAGUACGAGACCUGGUUCCGAUACGCUCCCGAAAAUCUCGCGAAUUGCAAAUCAUGGGGAUAUGCCUUUGGCGGGGGGGAACACCUGCACAGUGGGCUUAUCAACGAGUUUGCCAAACUUGCAGCCCAUCAGAUUCCCGGGCUGAGACUAUUCAACAACUACGGCCCCACGGAGGCCUCACUUGCCAUCACAAAGGGUGAAGUUAAACAUAGCGAUCCUGAUCUAGAGGAUCACGUUCCCGCGGGCUGGAUUAUCCCAAACUAUGCAGUUGCCGUGGUGGACGAAAAGCUGCAGCCUGUGCCAUUCGAGACGUCGGGUGAGAUUGUUGCUGGCGGUCCUGGUAUUGCUGCUGGAUACCUGGAUCAAGUCGAUCUGACCGAAGAGAAGUUCAUCUCCGGAGACAGUAUCCACCCACUGGCCGCAGCGAGCAGCAAGACGUGGUACCGUACUGGAGACUAUGGCCGACUGCGCCAGGACGGGGCGCUGUACGUCGACGGCCGUAUCCUGGGCGACUCGCAAGUCAAGAUCCGCGGAUUCCGUGUCGAAUUGCAGGAGAUAGAGGGCGUUCUACUCGAAGCCUCGAAAGGGGCAUUGUCCCAUGCCGUCGUCAGCGCCAGGGGCGCCGGAGAAGACCGCUUUCUGGCCGCCCAUGUCGUCUUCACGACAGACUACCCGCAGCACCGCCGCGAAUCCAUACUUCAGCAUCUCGAGUCGAAGCUCCCGCUACCGUCAUAUAUGCAGCCGGCCGUUAUCGUGGUCCUCGCCAACAUCCCCGUCACCAGCAACUUCAAGUUGGAUCGCAACGCUAUCCAAGCGUUGCCCCUGCCAGAAUAUGAUGGCCGUGGAGAGAACCUGGCCGAUAUCGAGAAAAAGGUAGCCCAGUUGUGGAGGGGUAUCAUUCCGCAUGGUGUGCGCUCCCUGACGGCUGAGACUAACUUUUUCGACGUCGGCGGCAACUCGAUUCUGCUCGUGAAGCUAAAGGCUGCGAUGCAGCGCGAGCUGCAGGCAGCACCGCCAUUGAUUGAUUUGAUGAACUCCAGCACCUUGGAGGGUAUGGCGCGGCACGUCAGAGCUUGCACGGCUACUGGGCUGCACGGCAUCGACUGGGAGGCGGAGACCAGUGUCCCGGAAUCUCUGCGCCAACUUGCGCGCGAGAACCUUCCACAAAAAGAGAAGAAAACCGAAAAUCUUACCAUUGUCCUGGCAGGGGCAACGGGCUACCUUGGCCGCCACAUUUUGGCACGCCUAGUCGAGGCGCCAGAGAUUGGCGAGAUUCAUUGUCUUGUCCGGAAGGAGAGCCUCGAGAUGACCGACCGCAGCAGCCUUAAGGUCCGUCUCGUCACUGCAGACCUCACGCAGCCGAGACUGGGCCUCACAGAGGGAGAAUUUAUUGCCCUGGCAGAGAAGACUGAUGUGAUCGUUAAUUGUGCUGCUAAUCGCUCCUUCUGGGAUGGUUACGAUACAUUGAGAACGGUCAACUUCGACGCCGUCAAGGAACUCGUUACUCUAUCUGUGCGAGCUGGUGGGGCGCCACUGCAUACUGUGUCAUCCGGUGCGGUUGACGUUUAUGGCGACAACAAACCGCCAGUGGAGGGUAGUGAUGGCUACGUGGCUAGCAAGUGGUCUACAGAGCGAUUCCUGGCAAACGCCUGGAAGGAACUUGGCACAAGGGUGUUUAUACACCGACCUGUUGCUUCUUCUAUGGAAGAGAAGAAUAGCGAGGGUGAUAAGGAGGCGAUCCAGAACGAUCUCAGUCAGAUUCUCCGCAUACUCGGCAAGAGGCCGGACUUCGCCGCUGUUAGUGGCUAUGUCGAUGUGACACCCGUGAAAAUCGUUGUGGACGAUAUGGCUAAGUCUAUCCUGACGGGAAGAGGCAACGAUGGCGUGUGCGUCACAGAGCAUAAGGGCCGAUUGCGCCUACACAUUCAGGACUUUGCGCACCACAUAGAGAAGGACGACCAGCUGAAAGCACUGCCGACGAUGAAUCCGCUGUUCUGGUUUGCGGAUGCAAAGAAGGCCGGAUUCGCGCAGCUGAUCACGGCGCACAGUUUGGUCAUGAGUGACGGAAAGGAAGAGGUGGUUAGUCGACGGUAA